GAGAGGGAGGGCGAAUGGGAGGGAAGAGGGAGCCGAAAAAUUUUGCAGGUUCAAAAGGGCAGCACUCUCCGCCCAAAGCACAAAAGCCAUGUAACAGGUGGACUUUCAUAUUUCUCUCUCCCCUUUGAAGCUCCGUUUCCUGGUUCCAUUUCUCUAGGUUUCGAAGGAAGAGGAGGAGACAUUUAUCGCAGCUGGAAUCGAUUUGAAAGAGAGAGAGAUGAUCCCAUUUCGCUGGGUUUUGAGUGCGAAGAUGAGCAUAUGACAGCCGAUUUUGAUUGGAGAACAUUCAUAGCUAGAAGGCUUCUGUGAUUAUAUUUCUUCAUAUCAUGGCGUCGUGAUAGAGCGUGAUUCAUUUUCUCAGGGUUUCAAAGAAGCAGGAGGUGCGUGCCACAGGUCUGAGAGAGAGAGCGAAAAGAGAGAGAUAAAGGGAGAGAAUGGUUCAGUCGGCGGCGGCGGCUGGGUGCCAGGUGAGAUGUGCAGGGUGCAGGGGCAUCCUGAAUGUGGCGGCUGGAAUGACUGAAUUCUGCUGCCCCAAUUGUCAGCUUCCCCAAAUGCUUCCUCCAGAGCUCAGGGGAGUCGCUGCCAAGGGCAUUGACCCCACGAAGAUCCAGCUGCCCUGUGCCCGCUGCAGUGCCCUCCUCAAUGUGCCCCAUGGCCUCUCCAAGUUCACCUGCCCCCAGUGUGGUGUUGACCUUGCUGUCGACCUCCCAAAGCUUCAAAACUACCUUCUCUCCUCCUCUUCCUCCUCAAUCUCCCCAUUCCAUCAACCCCCACCACCGCCACCGCCCCCCGAAGAGAUCAAUGAGGUGGCUGUGGAUGUUGAAAGAGAAGAAGAUGAAGGUGGGAUGGUUGGAGAGACAUUUACUGACUAUAGACCUUCCAAAAUAUCUAUAGGCGGCCCUCAUCCAGAUGCAGUAGUGGAAACUUCUUCCUUGGCAGCAGUGCAGCCUCCAGAACCAAGUUACGACCUAAGACUCAAGGACGAAAUCGAGAAAUCAAAAGCAUUAUCCUGUUUACAGAUUGAGACAAUAGUCUAUGCCUGUCAGAGGCAUCUUCAUCACCUCUUAAAUGAUACGAGAGCAGGAUUCUUCAUGGGUGAUGGGGCUGGUGUAGGUAAAGGUCGGACUAUUGCCGGGCUCAUAUGGGAAAAUUGGCAUCUUGGAAGACAUAAGGCACUAUGGAUCUCCGUUGGUUCUGACCUCAAGUUUGAUGCACGAAGAGAUUUGGAUGAUGUGGGUGCCUCUUGUGUUGAAGUACAUGCCUUAAACAAGCUGCCAUACUCGAAGCUCGAGUCGAAGUCAGUUGGCAUCAAGCAGGGAGUUAUAUUCUCCACGUACAGUAGCCUAAUAGCGUCUUCUGAAAGGGGUCGUUCUCGUCUGCAGCAAUUAAUACAAUGGUGCGGUCCAGAAUUUGAUGGACUUCUGGUUUUUGAUGAGUGCCACAAAGCCAAAAAUCUGAUUCCUGAGACUGGAGGACAAGCAACUCGAACUGGUGAAGCAGUUCUUGAAAUUCAGGACCGGUUACCACAAGCUCGUGUGGUUUACUGCUCUGCGACCGGAGCGUCAGAGCCUCGCAAUAUGGGGUACAUGGUACGACUCGGACUUUGGGGAGCGGGAACAUGUUUUCCUCAUUUCCAAGCUUUUCUAGGGGCUCUUGAGAAAAGGGGCAUUGGUGCACUGGAGCUUGUUGCGAUGGACAUGAAGGCCAGGGGAAUGUAUGUGUGUCGGACUUUAAGCUUUCAAGGAGCAGAGUUUGAAGUAAUUGAAGCCCUGCUAGAAGCAAAAAUGACGGAUAUUUACCAAAAAGCAGCUGAAUUUUGGGCAGAGUUACGUGUUGAAUUAUUGACAGCAACUGCAUAUCUUUCUGAUGAUAAACCUAAUCCAAGUCAAAUUUGGCGUUUGUAUUGGGCAAGUCAUCAGCGUUUCUUCAGACAUAUGUGCAUGUCAGCAAAAGUCCCUGCUGCUGUGAGGCUUGCCAAACAAGCACUUGCAGAGGGCAAAUGUGUCGUGAUAGGUCUUCAAAGUACUGGUGAGGCUCGCACAGAGGAAGCAGUUACGAAAUAUGGUCUUGAGUUGGAUGAUUUUGUCUCUGGUCCUCGAGAAUUGUUGAUUAAACUUGUUGAAGAAAACUACCCUUUACCUACAAAACCUGAAUCUUUUACUGGAGAAGAAAGUGUUAGAGAACUUCAACGGAAACGCCAUUCAGCAUCCCCUGGUGUUUCUUUCAAAGGAAGGGUGAGGAAGAUUGCAAAAUGGAAAGUGGCAUCUGAUGAGAGUGGAAGUGAUUCUCCAAUUGAAUCUGAUCAUGGAUCUUCUGAGUCUGAUGAGGAGUUUCAAAUUUGUGAUAUAUGUGUUAUGGAAGAGGAAAAGAAGAAGUUGCUUCGUUGUUCAUGCUGUGGGAAACUCUUUCAUCCUAAUUGUUUUGUUCCUCCUUUGCUGGAUGUAGUCCCUGAGAAUUGGUCAUGUGUUUCUUGUAAGGAAGAAACUGAUGAGUAUGUACAAGCACGUCAGGCAUAUUUGGCAGAACUACACAAGAGGUAUGAAGCUGCAAUUGAGCGCAAAUCGACAAUUUUGGAGAUUGUUCGUUCCAUGGAUCUUCCAAACAACCCCUUGGAUGAUAUAAUUGAUCAGCUCGGAGGUCCUGAUAAUGUUGCAGAGAUGACAGGCAGACGUGGUAUGCUAGUAAGGGCUUCAACAGGAAAAGGUGUUGUUUACCAGACACGAAACACAAAGGAAAUCGCAAUGGAAAUGGUGAACAUGCACGAGAAGCAACUUUUCAUGGAUGGUAAAAAGUUGGUUGCAAUAAUAUCUGAAGCUGGAUCUGCUGGGGUCUCUUUGCAAGCAGAUAGGCGAGCCAUAAACCAAAAAAGAAGGGUCCAUCUGACACUUGAACUUCCUUGGAGUGCUGACCGAGCAAUUCAACAGCUUGGAAGAACGCACCGGUCAAAUCAAGCUUGUGCACCUGAAUACAGGCUUCUUAUCACAAAUUUAGGAGGUGAACGGCGUUUUGCAUCUAUUGUGGCUAAGAGAUUAGAGACUCUUGGAGCUCUAACACAAGGGGAUCGCAGGGCAGGGCCGUCGUUGAGUGCAUUCAAUUAUGACAGCAACUUUGGUAAAAGGGCUCUUAGUAUGCUAUAUAAGGCUAUAAUGGAGCAGACUGAGCUGCCUGUUGUACCACCAGGCUGUUUGCGUGAAAAGCCAGAGGCAGUCAGAGAGUUCCUUACCCAGGCAAAAGCUGCUCUAGUAUCGGUGGGAAUAAUCAGGGAUUCGGUACUUGUCAAUGGGAAAGACAAUGGAAGGAUCACAGGGCGCAUUGUUGAUUCUGACAUGCAUGACGUGGGGCGGUUUCUUAAUCGGCUUCUUGGAUUGCCUCCUGACAUCCAGAAUAGGCUUUUUGAAUUCUUUACCAGCAUUCUUGACCUUUUGAUUCAAGAUGCUCGUAAAGAAGGACAGUUGGACUCAGGAAUUGUUGAUAUCAAAGCAAAUGUUAUCGAAAUGCAAGGAUCACCAAAAACAGUUCAUGUGGAUCCUACUUCUGGUGCAUCUACUGUGCUAUUGACAUUUACUGUUGAUCGUGGGAUCACUUGGGAGGCUGCAAGUGACCUACUUGAAUGUAACAAGAAGGAUGGGGUUGGCCAUCAGAAUGAUGGAUUUUACGAGUCCAAGAGGGAAUGGAUGGGAAGAAGACACUAUCUACUAGCAUUUGAAUGUAAUAGAUCUUCCCCAAGAAUGUUUAAGGUGUUCCGACCUGCAAGUGGGGAAGCGUUAAGGGAAAUGCCUUUCCCAGAGCUCCAGAGUAAGUAUCGACUGUUAUCGUCACUUGAGAAGGCCUGUAAAGGCUGGAAUGAAGAAUAUGAGGCCUCAUCAAAGCAGUGUAUGCAUGGGCCAAAAUGUAAAGUUGGAAGAUUAUGUUCUGUUGGCAAAAGAUUACAGGAAGUUAACAUUCUUGGAGGACUUAUUUUACCUCUUUGGGGCACAAUAGAGGAGGCUCUAUCAAAACAGGUUCGGCAAAGCCAUACGCGACUACGUGUGGUGCGUCUAGAGACUACUGAGGAUAAUCGAAGAGUUGUGGGCCUUCUCAUUCCAAAUGCAGCAGUUCAUUCAGUACUUGAAGAUCUAUCUUGGGAUGCAGACGAAGACAGUUGAGUGAAAGAAGAAAUGAAAAGCAUGGGCAGGCCUUCCUGAUUUUGACAUGUCUUAGCACGCCACCAUGUCUGUGCUUUUUGAUACAUCUAUAACACCAGCGCUUUAGCAGAAGUUUCACUUGGCUUGGCAGUCCAUGAAUACAGCAUCUCCAAUGUUUACGGGGAGUAGAAAAUACAGAGCUUCUGAUAGCAGAAGCCUGUCUCUCUAUUAUAUAUAUAUAUAUAAUUUGAUGCACUGUAAUUGUAAUUUUGUUGAUAUAUAUUUCUAUUAAAAGUUUUUGCAUUUCA